AUCACCGAAGCCAGCUCUCUGCCUUCUGUCCGGGCAUCGCGGGGGAGUGCGGUUGUGUGAAGGGUCUUCGGCAAGCCUCGCAGCGGCGCUGGCGCCCAGGAGCCCUGCGGCGCCUGUGGUGUGUGACAGUCCGGAUGAAAUUGGGAGUGUGGCCACUUUUAUUUUAAGAGCCUUGGCGUCCUGGCUUUGUCAGCACGCAGUUACCUAAUGGCCAGACAAGAACCUCAAGAGAGAAACUAUGAUAAUGUACUAAAGAUGGUGGAGGACCUGAACAGGGACCUAGAAAAACUUCUGGAGGAAAUGGAAAAACUGACAGUGCAGGCAACCUGGAUGGCAUACGACAUGGUAGUAAUUCGUACCAACCCUGACCUGACCAAUUCCAUGAGGCGUUUGGAAGAUGCCUUCCUGAACUGCAAAGAAGAAAUGGAGAAAAAAUGGCAAGAAGUGCUAAGAGAAUCUAAAGGUGAAAAUAAAAAAAAUGAAUAAGUUGAAUUUAGUCAUGUUGGCAGAACUGUAUCCCUUGGAAAGUCUUCAGUCUUUUUGUGUUCCAGGCAUGGAAGUUUCACAAACACCAUGGAAGUGGAUUGCCACUCAUCUUACUAAGAACUGUGUGUUUACAUUUAUGGAAAUAUAUGUAUGAGUAUAGGUGUAUAUAUAUUAAUAUUGUUGAAGAUAAAAGGUAACUAUAUUUCUAUUUUUUAUUAUGCUCACCGUAUAGUGUACGUGCAUACAGAACUUUGAUGCUAUAUGUGUCUUUUUUUCCUGGAAGAUUACACUCAGUUCAUACUCCAUAUGUGUAUGUGGAAUUCUUUGAUCCCUAAACAAAAUGAGUAGGGAGAAAAGGGAAGGGUGUGCAGUGGACAACUACGUUUUACCACCGCGUGCCUUUCAAGGAAAAGUAAAUAAUUCAAUUUUUACCAAAUUAAAAACUCUAGUUUUGCAGACUCAUGUUAGUUUGAUGUGAAAUUACCUACUAGGUGUUCAGUGGCAGAAUUUUAUUAUUAGGUAUAGCUCAUCUGUAAUUUUUUUCAUUUUAUUUCCUUGGAAUUUCAGCUAUUAUUCAAAUCGGUUGUCCCAGAUUGUUCUUUUGAAACUCUCUGAAGGUAAUACGUCUCAUUCUUAAAUGAGAAAUGAAAAUGAAAAAAAUGUUCACAGUUAUAAACUACACUUUGUGUGGCAUGGUCUUGGGAUUGCUGCUGAGACCAAAUGAAUCUUAUUACAAAACAUGCCUUU